AGGGCCAAGCACUCAAAGGGGUAAGAGGAAACGAUAAACUCUCUGAAAACCCUUUAGACCACAACAUGGCUGAGGCGAUUCACCCCCGACCCAACAUGAUGACGGAGGUCAGAACCACACAAGGAGAGGGAGAGGAGAGGAUAGUGGACAUCUUGGUUUGUCCUGAGAGCCUCGGAGAUCAACAGCAGGACUAUGUGGGGACAGAGGAGUCCUCAAAGUCUCUGGGAAAAGGAAGAAGUCACGCUGUGAGUCCUCCUUGGUGUCCGACCAGGGCUGUGGUGGUGCUUCUGGGCCUGCUGUCGGUUAUCCUGCUGGCUAGACUGCUUGGGCUGGCAUUGCAACACAAGAACGACAUGGACCAGGUUCUCCUUACGCUGAAGAACUUAACAGAACAGAGAGACGCACUUCUUUGUCAAGAGGACUGCCCAAAUGCUUGGGAUAAGUUUCGUUGUAAAUGCUACAGGAUUUCCACUGAGUGGCUAUCCUGGAAUGAGAGCAGGGAGUUCUGUGUUUCCCAAGGAGCAGAUCUGCUGGUGGUGGACAAUAAAGAGGAGAUGGACUUCAUUAGCAAGGCCACCUCAUACCACGACUUCUGGCUCGGAGCGACAGAUGAGGCCGGAGAAGGGAUGUGGAGAUGGGUUGAUGGGACCGUCCUGUCACUGGAUAACCCCUCCUGGAGCAGAGGGGGACCUGUUGGUGGUGAGGACCAGAACUGCUUAGUGAGGGUAUCGGAUCCUAACCAAUUUAAAUGGGCAGAUGAGAGCUGUGAAGAACAGAGCCGGGGGGUUUGUGAACAAAAUGUACUAAAAUGAUUGAUUAAAACAUUUCUUUAUGAAUAUUUUUGACAUGUUAAUGCCGACAUAUAUCGGCUGUUUCUUUUCAUACAUGUUGGGUGCCUUCAUUCGAUAAGGGCUGUGAUUGGCUGCAAGUUGUUAAAAGGAGAUGAGAUGCAAUGGUCACUGCAGGAGCUGUACAUAGAUGCUUCUCUUGUGAAUUUAUUUUUUUCAAUGUUUCCACAGUUGCUCUUGGUGCUUGAGGCUGAGGUUAGGAGGCAAAGAGUCAGACAGCCAUUGGCUGGUUUGCAGUUGCCGUAAACCACACUAGUUCCCUCUAGGGCUGCCUUUGUCCCCUCGACAGUGUGAAGAUCACCAUUCAAAAAAAGAAAUGGAUUUUUAUAACGGAUGUGUUGUAGAUGUAAACUAAUCAUUUUAUUUUUUAUGUUUAAUAAAAAAGUAUCUUGACUUUGAUACCAUGUUA